AUGAUCCACAUCAAUUGCACAAGGAGCCUGUGGGACAAGUACCCCUACCAGCUCCAGCUGAGCUUGGCUCAGCGAUUCGCAACGGAUGAGUUGAAACUUGCUGCCCAGACUUUCAAAGUAAAGGGGGAUUGGACAGACCCUGCUGACAAGUUCUUGUCGUUCUACUUGUGGGACGAUGCAGACGACGGGGAGCUGCCGGCCUUCCAAGCCGACUCCGCCAGCUUCAGCCAGACGCUGAAGUUCUUGCUUCGCGAUGCAGAUGAUUUGCAAGAGGCCUUCAUGAUCGACGACUUCGAUGAGGACCUGGACAUGGACAUGUCUCUCCCGGAGAAGUCCGAGAAGCAGAUGGACGAGGCGGCAGACGAGGAGAAGAAGACAGGCGAGGAGAAGAACAGAGGCGAGGCGAAGAACACGGGCGAGGCGAAGAACAGGGGCGAGGAGACAAGGGCCGUCAUCCUGAAGUCGGCUGCCGAGGCGCUGGCCGAUGCUAUGAAAGAGGUGUUCCUCGACGAUGCCUUUGUCGAGCAGAUCCAGGGACUGCCGUCCACCAACGAGUUUGUGCUUUACGUCGCACGAGGGUUCUUGAAGUGCGCCACAGACCAAGCAGACAUUCUCAAGACUUUGAGCGCCACACCGCUCUUCCAGGCAAUCACUGAUGCAUGGGCCCAGGUCACGCGCAUGAUGAGGGCUCUGCUUCUUGGCUUGGGGAAAGCUGAGGAUGCAUCGGCGUCCGCAGCGGAUGCCUUUUGGUAUGCGCAGUAUAGUGGAUCGUCCUUUUUCGACCGAAGCGUGAAAGGUGUGCUGCAGAAAUCUAGCUGGUGGCAGGCACAGCUUGCCGACAUAGCUCGAGUUGCGGGCGCCAGGCCCCUUUUGCAGCCGAAGAUCCUCCGGCUUGAAGAGCUUGUGGGCGUGGAGAGUGGCGAGAGCUUGUCGGGCAGCCAGUUGAAAGAGCUGGUGCACUUGCUGGAGGAAGUAAGGCCAGCUCUUCGACAAGGUGAAGUCGAAGAGCUUUUCAAGAAAGCAGAGAACGUGGCUCGAAGUGCUGCCACAGCCCUGCAAGCCACCACAGACUUGACCAACCUCUCUGCAGCGAAGGUCGAGAGCGUCGCCAAGCUUUUCCAGAUGUUGGCGCAUGUGCCGGGUGUGCCCUCGGCUGCCGAGGAGUUCCAAAAGUGGUCGACUAAGAGUUCCCAGCACCUGACGGUCAACAGCCUUCUGGAGUGCAUGAAGGCAGCGACCCGUUCGGAGAUUGACUUUGUGAAUCUCCGGGAAAGCUUGGAGGCCUGUAGCACUCUCCAGCCCUCAAAGGCCACGAUGAUCCCCUACAUUGUCUUUAUCAGAAUUGCCCUCCUCCACUUCGCUGACAAGGUGCUCGCUUCGGAGAAGGCCUUGGCGGAGGUGAAGCCGAUGGUGACGACUUGCCUUUCCAUGGCUAAGAAGCUGGUGCCCCCCGACUUCAAGGAGCUGUCCCAACUCGUGAAUGCUCACAUCCAGGGAGUCCAGUAUGCGGGCGUGUACCAUUGGCGACUCCGGAAGUUUUCCGACAUGGGUGCGGAUGCGGCUGCCCGACUCGCGAAGGACCCGAAGAUUCAGUUUCUCACAGUGCUUCAGGCAUCCAAGGCCAAGUGUGCUGGCCAUGCCACGAACUUGGCCGAGGCCCAGCAAACCUUCGAAACCAAGAUCGCUGAGCAGGAUUCUGAUAUCAGUGCCGACCCUGCAACCGCUGAGCUUCUGAGUUCCAAGAAAGCCAUGGACGUGAUCUUGGAUGCAUCGCAGGAGCCUGUCAUCGAGUUUAUGGACUGCAUAAAGUACCAAAACAAUGUGAUGAAGGAACGUGUCAAGGAGCUCAGUGCUAAAGCGUGCGACACAGGCUGUGGGUACCAGGCCGGUGGUGCCAAUUUCUGGCGUGCCGGGGUUGGUUUGGAUGCGAAUGUGGCAGAGCUUCAAGCCUUGACCUUGGGCGAUGACUUCAAAGCCAAGAUCAAGCUGACAGCGAUCCGAACGGCAACCGAUUCGGUUUUGCAGGUGCGCAAAGAGAUCGAUGAUUUCUUGGGCAAGUUCGACUUGCCGAGUGACGACAUUGCUGCCACACAGCAAGUCCUUGAAGAGAGCAGCGGGCUGGGCCGCUGGCAGUCAGGGUGCUUUACAUCGAGUUGCUCAUCCUUGCGGCUUUCACGAAACUUGAGGCCAAUUCUAGCUCCCCGGAUGCCAAGACUGAUUUCAAGGGCCUGA